UGGAUUGACUUAUCUAUGACGUGGAAUGUUUUAAUUUGUUUAAGCCGUGGUACUGUUGAAUGUCGCUGUCUUAAAGAUUUAUUACAAAGUAGUAAUUAGACAUGGUAUCAAUAAACUGUCAGUUGAGGUGAAAACCGUAAAAGUAAAAAAAACUCUUACUUUGACAACUAUAUUUGAAAAUUCAAAAUUUAAGGUCUAGUUUGACAUCUCAGCACUCCCGUCAUGAGCAUUUUGCUCACAGGACACUACAGUCUAAUCGAAACUCUGAAAUAGGAGACAUUCUCGAAAGUUGCUGCAAAUUUGGUUGAAGAUCUAUGAUUUUACCCACAAAUUUCCAAAAUAAAAGUUAUCACCCCAGGGCUUGAUGAGAAAAAAAAAACAGAUUUUUCGCAAAUAUUUCAUAAACAACAAAAAAUUUGUAAAAACCUUUCAAACAUAUCUUGAAAGGAAAAAAAAUUGACAUAUAAAAGUAUAAGAAAAUUUUUUAAAUCUAUAAAAAGUAACAAUAGAUUUUUGAAAUUUCGAAGCUUAAAUUUUUUGAAUUUUUACAAGGAUGCGCUACUAAAGUAGAAAAAAAUGUGGACAAGCUGUGGUAUGGCGAUACUUUAUUGAAAAAAUAAAUGGAUCUUUACUUACAUCUUCAACAUCAGAAAGAUCAAAGUUUUUAAAAAGAAUGAUAAUUUAAAAUGACAGAUAAUAGCACAGCAACAGCAUCAUCAUUUUUUUUCAUUAUCGAUUUCCUAGAAAAAAGAUUUAUCAAUAGUCCAAUUGGGAGAGAAAGUAAUGGAGAUGAAACAAACUACUCAACGACGACAGAAAGAUUCUAAUCAAUCCAACGGUAUUCAGCGGACAUCAAAAAAGAACCACCCCACAGCAGAUGCACGUUCAAAAGCUGCUGAAACAAAUGAUAAGAAAAUUACAAUAGAUGCUGACAGUUUAACGAUAUGGCAUCAUCCUAUCACGACUUUUAGCUACUUUAUACAAGAAUUAAUUCUUAACUGUAUUAAUUUAACUAAAGAAAUAUUGAGGUACAAAAAGACUGUAUGGGGUGUUGUAUUCUUAGUUGCAUUUUUUAUCACUCUCAGGUCUUCUUCAGGUCCUCACCAACAAGUAUUAAAAGUUUGGGAAAACAUUCUAUUAUGGUGGCUGUAUUGGGUCGGACUUGGCGUACUGUCAAGUGUGGGUUUGGGAACAGGCUUACACACAUUCGUGCUCUAUCUGGGUCCUCAUAUAGCAGCCGUUACAAUGGCUGCAUAUGAAUGUGGAGGCUUAAACUUUCCAGAGCCACCUUACCCUGAUUCUAUCAUAUGCCCUACAGUUGUAGAUCAAGCUUGGGCCGCAAGUAUUUUUAAUAUAAUGAGAAAAGUACGCGUAGAAGCAAUGCUCUGGGGUGCCGGUACGGCUUUAGGCGAAUUGCCACCAUAUUUCAUGGCUAGAGCUGCAAGAAACAGCGGAAAAUUUGAUAAAAGUGAUGAGUAUGACCAAGAAGAUCUCAAAGAAUUGAAGGCACUUGAAGCACUUGAAAGUGGAGAGAAUGUUCCCCUAAUAAUGCGACUUAAAUUAGCCAUGAAACAUUUCGUUCAAAAAGCCGGAUUUUUCGGAAUUCUUGCUUGUGCUUCAAUACCAAAUCCGUUAUUCGAUCUUGCUGGUCUUACUUGUGGCCAUUAUCGUAUUCCUUUCUGGACAUUUUUUGGAGCGACCCUUAUUGGCAAAGCUAUCAUCAAAAUGCAUGUACAACAAUUGGCAGUUAUUAUUGCCUUCAAUGAAGAACUAUUGGAUAAAGCCAUUGGGUUAUUAGCCGUUGUACCAUAUUUUGGCAAUAAAUUUCAAGAACCAUUGAAGAAAUACUUGGUUGAACAAAAAAAUAAACUUCACAACAGUUCUAGUGUGGAUAGUACUACAACUAUAUCAUGGCUAUUUGACAAAUUCGUAAUCUUAAUGGUGUGCUACUUUCUUAUAACGAUAAUUCAUGCUUUGGCGCGCAAUCAUCAUCGCAGGCGAACUAAAUCGUGUGUUGAUUGAAAUAACUGAAGUUUUAAAUUGGUGAAUUGCGUGUUAUUAUAAAAAAUUAAUACGAUAGCAGCUAAAAAUAUUUAUACAAGAUGUUUUUUGUACAUUGGAGUUAUACUGAAAUAAGUGUGAAUCGAUGAAGUGUCAAUGUAAAUAUGUAUAAUCAAUUAAUACGCUCUUUUAAAAAGAGAAUAUUAGAUAAUAAUUUUUGCAUAAAAUAAAUUAAAAAAUUUUACUGUUUCUCUUUUUAAUGAUAUUUAUAAUUGUUUUAUGAUUAUAAAUUCAAUAUUGUGUAUUAUACUAAAUUUGACAUGAAGAUUUCGAAACAACAUCCAUUUUUGGAGACCAAAUAAUUGAAUAAAAAUAAACAGCCCACACACUUCGAAUUUUGAUUUUAAAUUUAUUAUUUUACCUGUUAAUUUAAAUAAAAUAUCAUUUUAUUUUAUAUUAUUAAUUAAUCAUCACCAUGACCAAAUAUAUUUAAGGGGCCAACGCAAUAAUUUGAAAAUUACGAAACUUAAUAAUUGUUCAUUCAUAGUCUUGGUAAAAAAAGAAAAAACGAUAGUAUUCUGAAAAACCAAAACAUAAAUUUUAUUUGAUGUAUAAAAUAUUCCUCAGUUGAAUUUGCAUUUUAAAAAACUGGAUUGAAUAAAAAUAUAAAAAACUAA